AUGGGCGUGUGUUGGGGUGCGGUGGUGCGGGUGCUGUUGCUGCAGGCGGGGUGGGCGUUGGGCGUCGGGCAGGUGCGGUACUCGGUGCCGGAGGAAGCGAAGGCCGGGACGGUGGUGGGCCGGCUGGCGCAGGACCUGGGCCUGGAGGCGGGCGAGGCGGAGGCUUGGCGGCUGCGGCUGGUGGCGCAGGGCCGGCGGGCGAGCGUGGAGGUGAGCGGGGCGAGCGGGGCGAGCGGGGCGCUGGUGGUGAGCUCGCGGCUGGACCGGGAGGAGCUGUGCGGGAAGAGCGCGCCGUGCGCCCUGCGGCUGGAGGUGCUGGUGGAGCGGCCGCUGCGCGUCUUCCACGUGGAGCUGGAGGUCACCGACAUCAACGACAACGCCCCGCUCUUCCCCGCCGCCCGGAAAAACCUCACUUUACCGGAGAACUCCCCUCCCGGCUCUCGGUUCCCGCUGGAGGGCGCAUCGGAUGCAGACAUCGGAGCCAACGCGCAGCUCUCCUAUACACUCAGCCCCAGCGAGCAUUUCGGUUUGGAUUUACAGCGGAGUGAAGAAUACCGAGAAUCCCUGUUUCUGGUGCUGAGGCAAGCGCUGGACCGCGAGACGAUGCCUGUGCACCGGUUGGUGUUGACGGCGAGUGACGGGGGCCGGCCGCCGCUGACGGGCACGAUGGAGCUGGUGAUCUCGGUGCUGGACGCCAACGACAACGCGCCCCAGUUCAACCAGUUGGUGUAUAAAGUGGAGCUGCCGGAGAGCGCUGCGGAGGGGACGCUGGUGGUGCGGGUGAACGCCACGGAUCCGGACGUGGGAAGCAAUGGCGAAAUAAUGUUCGCUGCGACCACUACUUUUCCCCCAAACGGAUUAAACCUUUUUAUUUUAAAUCCGAAGACAGGCGAGAUCCGUCUCACGGGCGCCCUGGACUUUGAAGAUGUCCGUUCAUACGAGAUCCAAAUCGAAGCGAGAGACAAAGGGACACCGCCGCUGUCGGGUCACUGCAAAGUGGUGGUGGAGGUGGUGGACGUGAACGACAACGCGCCGGAGGUGUGGGUGACGUCGCUGUCGGUGCCGGUGCCGGAGGACGCGUCGGUGGGGACGGUGGUGGCGCUGCUGAGCGUGUCGGACCGGGACUCGGGGGCGAACGGGCGGGUGCGGUGCGCGGUGUGGCCGCCGGCGCCGUUCGGGCUGGUGGCGAGGUUCGCGGGCUCGUACUCGCUGGUGCUGCGGGAGGCGCUGGACCGGGAGCGGGUGUCGGAGUACGAGGUGGAGGUGCGGGCGGAGGACGGCGGGGCGCCGCCGCUGCGCGGCAGCCGCGGGGUGCGGGUGCCGGUGUCGGACGUGAACGACAACGCGCCGGCGUUCGCGCAGGCCGUGUACACGGUGCUGGCGCGGGAGAACAACGCGGCGGGCGCGGAGCUGGCGCGGCUGUGGGCGCGGGACGCGGACGAGGCGGGGAACGGGCGCGUGAGGUACUCGGUGGCGGAGGGCGUGGGCGGGGGCGCGGGGGCGGGCGGGGGGUGGCGGGCGGCGUCGAGCUACGUGUCGGUGGACGCGGAGAGCGGGCGCGUGUGGGCGCUGCGUCCGUUGGACUACGAGGAGGUGCAGGUGCUGGAGUUCGAGGUGCGGGCGGUGGACGCGGGGGAGCCGCCGCUGUGCGGCAACGCCACGGUGCAGCUCUUCGUGGUGGACGAGAACGACAACGCGCCGGCGCUGCUGCCGGCGCCGGGCGUCGGGCCGGGGCCCGGGGCGUCGGGCUGGUCGUCGUCGGGUCCGGUCGGGGCGCUGUGGGCGUGGGCGGCGUGGGGGGCGCCGGCGGGGCAGGUGGUGGCGAAGAUCCGGGCGGUGGACGCGGACUCGGGCUACAACGCGUGGCUGCGCUACGAGCUGUGGGAGCCGCGGGGGAAGGGCCCGUUCCGCGUGGGGCUGUACAGCGGCGAGGUGAGCACGGCGCGGGCGCUGGAGGAGGCGGACGGCCCGCGGCAGAGGCUGGUGAUCGUGGUGCGGGACCACGGGGAGCCGGCGCGCUCGGCCACGGCCACGCUGAGCGUGUCGCUGGUGGAGGGCGCCGAGGCGGCGCUGGCGGCCGCGGGCUCCUCGUCGUCGUCGGGAGCGGGGCUGCGGCCGGCGGCGGGCGCGGAGGGCGGCGCGGCGGCGGCUGCGGCGUCGGCGUCGGCGACGAACGUGUGGCUGGUGGUGGCCAUCUGCGCGGUGUCGAGCGUGUUCGUGCUGGCGGUGGUGCUGUACGGGGCGUCGCGGUGGUCGCCGCGGGCGGCCGUGGUGUCGGGGCCCGGGCCGGCGACGCUGGUGUGCGCCAGCGAAGUGGGGAGCUGGUCGUACUCGCAGCGCCAGAGCCGGAGCCUGUGCGUGGCGGACGGCGCGGGCAAGAGCGACCUGAUGGUUUUCAGCCCCAACUUCCCGCCGCCGCCCGGCCCCGCGGCGAAGGAGACGCAGCCGGAGCCGCCCGCUCUCCUGGACACGGUCAGUGGCCCUCCCUUUCUGGCCUCUCGCCCCUUCACCCUUCUUCUCGGUCUCCCUCCGCCCUUCUUCGCGGUCUUCGUUCUGGCCCGCCGCCUGGGCAGGCGCUGGUUGCGGAGUAGCAGUCCUGGCCAGAGAAGUGGCGUGACGUAUGCUGGCCUGUUUGAUGUUCUUUCAAUAUUUGCAUCAGCAGCCACACAGUUACAAAAGACCUAG